AUGGCCGCCGACCACCGCGGAUCGUCCGUGGCGCUCUCGCAGCUGCCCAUGUGGGGCCGGCCCACGACCGAUGCGACCGAGAAGCUGCGCCCGAGCCAGCUCCUGCACGAGCUCACGUCCAAGAACGCCAAGGGCUCCAAGGGCUCGAUCCCGCGCAUCAUCGAGUUUAUGAACCUCGAAGACCACUCGUCGCAGAGCUCGUCGACCGUGCCCGUGGACCGCCCGCUGUUUGAGCCGAACCCGGGUGCUAUCCUCUUUGACGAGUACAUUCCGUUCAAUACGCACUACGCCAAGCUCGCUCUGCGCAACAACGACACGGUCGCGCGCCGCAUCAAGAUCGAGGCGCCCGACUCGCCAUUUUUCAAAAUCAAAAAGCUGCAUGGCGCCGAGCGCGACGGCAAGGUCGCAGCAGGUAUCGAAGUGGCGUACACGGUCGAGUUCCUGCCCCAGGAGCGGCGCGAGUAUGCGCUCGACCUCAUUUGUGUCACCGAGCGCGAAAAAUUCGUCGUGCCCGUCCGUGCCCGGGGCACGUUUGCCGCCCUGAGCUUUCCGGACGAAGUCGACUUUGGUCUGUGCCCCGUCAAAAUCAAGUGCUCCAAAGUCAUGACCGUCCACAACGUCGGCACACGUGGCGCCAAGUUUGUCUUGACGGCCUCGGCGCCGUUCACCGUCUCGCCCCAGACGGUCUACUUGGACAUUGGGGCGGCCAUCCAAGUCGAAAUGGAGUUUCAUCCCAAGCACACGAAAGAGCGCGAAGGCGAGCUCGCAAUCCAGGACGACAGCGGCCGCGCCUCGUACGUCAAACUCGUUGGCGACGUGACCAAUCUCGAAGUAUAUUUGAGCCACCCGAUGGUCGAGCCGACGCCGGCGUAUCUCACGCUGAGCUCGCGCAAGCGCAUCAAAAUCUGCAACGGCAGCGACCACCCGGUCGAGUUUUCCUGGAAAGCCUACGCGGGCGAGAAGAGCGAAGAGACCGAGCGCGCACGGCUCUUGGACGAACUCAAGCGCAUGGAAGCGUCCGAAGUCGAGCAUCUCGGCGACUGCAGUGACGACGAACGCGUCGAUCUCAUGGGCAUUCUCCACCGCAAGUACAAGAAUCUGCGCAAGGCCGUGCUCGACGAUCCCAUGAAUUUCGUGGACGAGUGUUUCUCGCUCGAGCCGGCGAGCGGCAAGAUCUGGGCGCACUCGGACGCAGAGAUCACCGUGACGUUUGUGCCGCACGUCGCCGCCACGUAUGCGGGCACGGCGUUUCUGGACAUCUCUGGUCGCGACACGCGCUUGCCGCUGCAGAUCCGGGGCCGCGGCAUCGGCCCGCAAGCGUGCAUUCUCUACGACGACCUCUUUGACUUUGGCGACGUCUUCAUCAACGAUCCGCAGACCCACGAUUUUUCGAUUCAAAAUCGCGGCGAGAUCCCCGCCGAGUUUGCGUUAGUGCCGAUUCCGUUGCCGCCUGGCGUCGACAUUGCCUUUGCGCCAUCGAGCGGCGUCCUGGGCAUUGGCGAAACCUCCAAAGUGUACUUGACGUUUGCGUCGGCCGUCCUCGGCGAGAUUAGCAUCACGUUCAACUUUAAACUCAAGGGCUCGGACGACCUCCUCCGCGUGCGCUUCAAGGCGCAUGUGAUCCCGCCCAUGUUUCACUUUGACGUCGAGACGAUCGACUUUGGCAUCGUCUCGUAUGCGUUCGAGCAGUCGAAAGUCGUGCACCUCAUCAAUACAUCGCGGAUCGCGAUGACGUAUAGCCUCCGCAUCCCGCAAGACGGCCUCUACAAGCACCAAGAGUUUGUGCUUUCGCCGUCCCAAGGCACCUUGGCGCCCUUUGGGACGCAAGCGAUCCAUAUCGCGUUUACAAGCGUCAACGUCAAGCGCUACGAGUACUUUUUGGUCGUGAGCGUCCAAGGCGUCGGCUCGGACCUCCUCAACAUUCCCGUCCUCGCGCAGUGCUUUGUACCUGAAGUCCACGUUCUCAAACCCGACUUGGUGUACGGCGACUGCUACCUCCGGUAUCCGCACGUGCAGACACUUCAUUUGAUCAACACCAACAUGCACCUGCCCGCCAAGUAUGAAAUCGUAGCCCAAGACGACCACUCGAAAGUGGUCGCUGUCUUCUCGGGCGACAAGCCCAGUGGCGAUAUUGACGCCAACUCGACGCUCGCGAUAGAUAUCGCCUUGGUCUGCGAAAAGCUCGGCAGCAUCCGCCUGCCGCUGUACGUGCGCAUUGCGGGCUCGAUUGAUUUGCCUCUCUCGGUGACCAUCGUGGCCAUGGGCCGAGGGCCGAGUGUAGAGUUGGACGCGGAAGCGCUCGCGUGGGGACCUGUCUCGUGCCUCGUAGACCACCCCAAGAGCCUUCGUUUGACCAAUACGAGCUUGAUUCCGGCGCCGUUCAAGACCUUUAUACGCAACGCGCGGUCGAAAUUUACCGUCGACCAAAAGGAAUAUACGCUAUCGCCUGGCGAGACGAUCGUGAUGAACAUCGUCGCCAACCUCGACGACACGAUCGUCUUCAAGGAGCAGCUGCACAUUCUCGUGACGGAAGGCCACAAUAUCGUGAUCCCGCUCUCGGCCAAGGGCACGGGCACGACCAUGUGGUCCCAAAGCGACAUGAAGCUCAUUGACUUUCAGUUUCAGAUGACCAACAAGCAAAACAAAGGCAAGCGCGGCCAAAUGCUCGUGUGGGUCAACAAAACGAUCCGGCAGCAGCAACUCGAGCUGCUCCAGAAAGCCAAGACACUUCAAAAGACGUCGAGCAAGGCCAGCACCAAGUCGAUCGACGUCGGCGACGACGUGACGCCGAUCUUCUCGGUGUUUCCAGCGUCGAUUGAGCUCAAGCCGCGCACCGCGUGCACAUUCUACUUUCGAGGCUUCUCGGCGUCGCCCGGAGUCAUGCGCGAAGAGCUCAUUUGUGAGACGCGCAUCGGCCAAGAGAAGAAUGCCAAGGUGGCGUUCGCGACCGAAAUUGUGGCGCAAUUUAUCAACCCCAAGAUCGAAGCGUCGUUGCCGAUGGGGCUGGACUUUGCCUACAUUUACGCCGACGGCGUCUCGAUGGAGACACAGUCGCAAGCGCUCAAGCUGCGCAACGUGUGCGAGCUCCCGCUUUCGUUUGUGCUGCGGACCCAAGUGCCGUUUGCCGUCGACACGUGGGAAGCGCUCUUGGAACCGAACGAAGCGCUCGACCUCAACGUCGAGUUUUACCCGGGGUACAAGGAUGACCAUUUGAGCCGCAUCAUCAACGGCAAGCUCGUGCUCAGCUACACGGGGCACCCGCAGCGCGACAGCUUGGAUCUACGCGGUGAAAUCGGAUUUCCGAAUUUAGAGUUUGAGUACUCGCGCAUCGACUUCGGGUGCAUUUUGAACGACACGCAAAAGUCCAUGCACGUCAAAGUCACCAACGUCUCCAAAGUCCCGACGUCGUUCCACUGGGUCUUUAUCGAAGACGAGAAGGAAGCGCGGGCGGCCGCGACGGUCAAGCGGCCGUACAUUCCCGUGAACCAAGUAUUUGACAUUCUGCCCAUCCGCGGCAACUUGCAGCCGGGCGAAGUCGAGGUUGUCGAAUUUAUCUUUUAUGGCCACGCGAACCGUAAGUUCAAGAGCCUCGUCGCGUGCGAAGUCAACGGCGGCCCCGAGUACGAGCUCACGCUGGCCGGCGAAGCGUCGUCGGUGACAUACCGCCUCGAUCGGCCGUACUUGGAUUUCGGCCCCGUCAUCUACAACAAGACCGAAGACCGCGAGUUUGCGAUCCACAACCUCGGCAAGGUCGCGUUUGCCUUUAACGUGUCGCUCGAGAAACUGUCGCGGGCCGGCGUCAUCGACGUGUCGCCUGUGUCCGGACGCAUCUUUGCCAACGACAAGCAGCGCAUCUCAGUCCGGUUCAAGCCCGGCAUUCCGGACACGCUCGUCGAGAGCAUUUGGCUCGAGAUUGCACACUUCCCGCCCGUCGAGUUUAAGCUCUACUGCCGCGGCAUCUUUGCAUCCCUGAGUGUCAACCUGCCGCGCGGCAAGACGCACCCCAACUGCGCGAUCGAAAACGUGCAGCCAAAGUGGCGCGACGUGCUCAAAGGCGCCAAAUACAACAUGGAGCACCCGCGCACCUCGUCGCUGCCACCAACGACCGCCGUGACGUGCGAGGCCGCAACGCUCGGCUUGGCGCGGCCCAAUUCGCGCGCACCAGUCGCGCAGCCCAAGCUCAACAAGGACGGGAUCCCCAUGACGGCCGUCUCGACCGAGCGAACGUCACGGACGACGGCGCGGAUGACGACGCGCAACAACGUGGCGCCAAUCACCAACGCGACCGCACGGAGCCAGAAAUCGCCCAUCAAGCACUCGGCGUCGGGCGACUCGUUGGAUGUGCUCACGCGCGGCCAGCACUACGACUCGGUGGACGUGGACACGGAAGCAUGUCGCAUGCUCUUUGUCAAGUACCUCUUGACGACGAUCCACGAAGAGGCGCCGACCGACUCGCCUCGGGACGAAAUGAACAACAACAACAACAGCGCGACGAGCCACCACGGCAGCACGGGUGGGACUCUCAUCCGUCUCGGCAGCAGCAACAACGGCAACAAUCCGGCAUCGAUCGAGCAAGUGACAGUGCCCAAGCUGAGCAUCCAUCCAUCCGGGCCCACGGACCGCACCAAAGUCAAGUCGUUUACCAAGACGCUGCCGCUCAACGACGGCGACGGCGACGGGAGCGAGUCCCCGACCAAGGCGCUCCAAGGCUUUCUACUCGCGCAGUAUAUACUCGACUUUGGCAACGUUGUCACUGGCACGCAUCGCGUCAAGAAGUUUGUCGUGACCAACACGGGCCAUGUGCCCGCCUCGUUCCAAGUGGACAAGAACCUUGCGCUCAGCCGCGGGUUUGCGAUCGACCCGGAGCGGGUGGUGCGCUUACCGGAAAAGAAGGGCGUCGAAUUCAACGUGACGUUUACCGCGCGCAAGAACGGCCGGCAUGGGCCCCACGGCGUCAACUUGCUCCUGGAUGUCAAGAAUGGCCCGCCGAGCUUGGUGACGUUCAAGGCCAACGUGACGGUGCCGGACCUUGUUCUCUUGGCCGACAACCUCGACUUUGGCAAGGUCGUUGUCGGGCGGUCCCAUGUCGUCCACUCGCAGUUCUUCAACAACUCGCCGGUGGUCGUCGAGUGGGCGCUCAAGAAACCCAUGGGGUCGGCCCGCGAUGUCGGGUACUUUCGUAUGGAGCCGACCGGUGGGCUCCUGCAUCCUGGCACACGAUGCAACAUCAAGGUCGAGUUUAUGCCGCUCGAAGGACGGCUGUACCAUGUCAAGGUGCCAGUCAAGAUCUCUUCGAAUCCCAAGACGCGCUCGAUCACGUGCCAAGGCGAAGGCUCGGAGCUUCGGGUCUCGUUCGACCCGCCCAUGGCCGAGCUCGGACCCGUCCUGCCGUGUUCGCCGCCGAUCGAGCGCAUCGUGACCAUGCGCAACGAGUCAGACCACGCGGUUGAAGUCUACUCGCUCGACUUUGAUACGCAGUUCAAGACCGAAGAAGACAUACUACGGGACGCGUCAGGGUACGGCGACGACGACUACCUCCGCCUUCCACUGCGACUGCCGGGCACGGGCUUGCCAGAGCAUAUUUUGGUCGAGUUCAACGAGCGCCACCACGAAGCGCCUCAGCCCGUGGAAGCCGUGACGAGCGCCGAGGCAGAGAUCGAUGAAGAGGACACGCGGUCGCUCCGCGCCAAGGACAAAGCCGUCGACUACAUCUUCCUCGGGCCACCGCUCUGUGGCAAGACCACGCAGGCCAAGCUCAUGGGCGAGAAGGAGCACUUGGUCGUCUGGACAUUUGACGACGCCGUCGCGCUCUGUGCAAAAGACGAGUCGGACAUUGGGAAGCGUGUGCGCAAAGCGUUGGAUUUACCUCCUCUGGCAUGGGAUUUGAUCAAACCGACGACGCCCGACGAGCCCGAGGCGGCGCACGACAAGAAGGGCAAGAAGGACGGCAAGAAGAACAAAGCCGAGGUCGAGGAGGUCAAGGACGAGCCGCCGCCCAUGCCACCGGCGCCCGAGCCGUCGCCGCGCGAAGAAAUGGGGCUCGAUCUGCUCGAGUGGGUGCUGCAGUGGCGUCUCGCGCAGCCCGAUUUUGCCAACGGAAGUGUUCUGGAUGGCUGGUCCACGCAGUAUGGUGCGUACGGUCCGUCGCUUCUCCACGUUGUCGCCAACGUUCUCGGCGGCGCGACCAUCAUCCUACUCGGUAUGAACGAAGACAUUUACGAAGCCCACAUCCUCGCGUGCAUCAAACACGUCGACGAGGAGAUGGACAUGCUCGAGCGUUCGCUUGAUAUGAUGCAAAUGGUGCCCGAAGAGCCGCCUGUCGACGCACCCGAGCCGAUCGAGAUGCCCGAAGAGAAGGAAGAAAUGCGACCGGCGAGCCGCACACGCUUGAAAACGAGCUCCAGCUCCGACACCGUCGUGGUCGAGCCACCGGUCGUUGUCGCCGAGCUGCCACCGCCGACGCCCGAGGCAGCCAUCGACCCGGUGCAAGCCGAGCAAGAGCUGCACACGUACCGUCUCCUCUCGGAGCGCCUGCACGCGUACCUCGACUUGGAGCUCUACGACAAGUACUGCCAAGAACUGGUCGCACAGAAAAAAGAGUGGGAGGCGCUGCUUUUACACUUGCCGGAGGCGCCGGUCGCCGUGCCCGAGGCGCCAGCUCCCAGCAGCGACUCACCCGACGGGGCGUCGAGCGAUCGUAGCUCCAUCGACGAACACCCGUCCACAUCGACCGAUAUCCAAGACGACGAAGCGGACAUGCCGUCGAUGGCGGCCGACUACCCCGAGCAGGUCGCCGACGACGUCGCCGAGGCGCCCGACCACGUGGUCCUGCGAAAGCCGCGGCGGGUCCUCGCGCUCCAUGACGUCAACCUCAACGAAGUGGGGCCGCCACUGCUCUUGCACGGUCUCGUGUUUGCGUCAAUCGAAAAGUACCUGCGCGAGCUCGCGUCGAGCAAGCUCGUGAUGCCGGCGCCGAUGACGUACCAGCUCGUGAAGCGGCCGUACUUUCGAAGCCAGCGCAAGCCCGUGCCGCGCUUCAGCCUCGCGCCGCCGAGUGUGAGUCGUUGGAUUCUGCCGCCGCACGCCGAGACGUCGUUCCGCGUCCUCUUCGCGUCGGCCGAUGUCGGUACGUUUGAUAGCACGCUCGGGUUUGAGAUCCUCGGAAGCAAGCGCGAGGUGAGUCUCUUCUGCCGCGGCGUGUGCGCCGUGCCGUGUAUCAACGCGGACCCGCGCAACGUCUUUAUGAGCCGCGCCAAGCACAAGGCGGACGGCGCCCUCGUCCACAAGAAAUUUGUCCUGUCGAGCGGUGUCUACGAAUUUGGACCGCUUCUGCUUGGAAAAGCCAAGGAUCUCCGACUCGAACCCAUGCCCUCGGACGUCUACAAGGCGACGCGCAAGACGAACGCCGAGGUGUUUCGCAUCUCCAACCCGAGUCGGUUCCGCGCCCACUUGCAUUUCUUUUUUGAGAAGCAGCCGCCGCCGGACGGCGACACCACCAGCGACGCGGCGUCGGACAAUAACGCGACCUUCCUCGUCGAGCCCAAUGCGAUCGAGAUCGCGGAAGGCGACACGGCCGAAGUUCUCGUGUGGGCCUUCCCGGCCAAGAAAGGGCUCGUAGAAGACACGCUCGUGUGCUGCAUCGCCGACAACCCAGAGCCGGUGACGUUUCCGAUCGCUUGCAUCGGGUGCUCGCCCUUGAUCGCGCUCUCGGGGCCAUGGACCGACGACGCCAAGCUCAUCGAUUUCGAGCGGCUCUUGCUCAAUCGCCAGGAAGACAAGACGUGGAGUCUUCGCAACGCGUGCGAGCUUCCGAUCACGUGGCGCCUCGUGCUCGAUGUGCCAGCCGAGUUUGAAGUCGUGCCCCGCGACGGCGUGCUCAAGCCGGGCCAAUCGCAAACCAUCGUUGUUCACUUUAGCGCGGCGACCGAAGGCCUCUUUGACCUAACGCUUCCUAUCGAAUACGCCGACGUCGAGGGCGGGCUUGUCGCAAGCAACCCGCAGCUGCGCCGCGAUAGCAUCAAGGUCACCGCCGAAGCGUACAAGAUUGACGUGUGCUCGUUUGACGAAGAGUCGCCCGACCAAGCGACGGAGAGCCUCAACGGUGUCUUGGAUUUCGGACUCCUCCGCGUGAGCGAUUUGCCGACAAAGUCUUUUUCGCUUCGAAACCGCGGCAAGUACGAUAUCCGAGUGAUGCUCUCGGUCAAGCGCAACAAGGAUUGGUUCAAGAUCGACCCGAUCGACGCGACGAUUGCGCCCGGCAAGAGCCAGAAAAUUGACGUGACGUUUCUGUCGAGCGCGUCGGGCGAGGUCGUGCUCCGUGACUGCAAGGACAUCAAGUGCGUCAUCUUGGAGCAAACGACCGGUGAAGUAUUCAACGAGUUUCCGAUCUUGCUGCACGCGCGCGCAGUGUACUCCAAGUUUCGACUCCAACCCGCGCGCGGCCUCAGCUUUGGCUCGUUGCGCUUCAACGAAGAGAAGAAGGCCAAGCGCCUCGAGCUCCGCAACGACGGUGAGUUCGCCUUCAAGUUUCGCUUCAAAACAACGGACGACGACGCAACGAGCAGUGGCGACGAGACCAAGCCGUUAGUGCUCGGUCAGUUUUCAAUUGUGCCGGCCGGCGGCAGCUUGGACCCCGGGCGCAUCGUCGCGAUCGAUGUGGGCUUUCAGCCCCAUGGCGCAGCUCUCUUUCGCGAAAACGUCCGACUGGAUGUGUCGGGGCGGGACCCGUACAAUGAGAACGAGACGGCGAUGCUGCAGUACGAGAUGACGGGGGAGAGCUGCUACCCGGGCAUCAACACGAGCGACAUGGAGAGCAUCUUUGAAGAGCAGGCUGUUGUCCAGACUUUUGGCUCGGGGCACACGCACUGCUUGGAGCGCAACCAGCCCAUUGCUGUCUUGGUCGGCAAGAACAUUGUCGAGCGGUUCAAGAUUUCGAAUCCGACCAAGGUGCUCGCAACCGUUCGGUUUAGCAUCAAGGCGCCCACCGAGUCGAAAGAUGAGUCGGGCGUCGGCAUGUUUACGGUGCAACCGACCGUGUGGGACAUUCCUCCGCACGAACACCGGUACGUGAACGUCCACUUUAAGCCCACGAGCAUCACGACGUACCACGCGCUCUUUGCCGCGGUCGUCGACGACGGCGCCGACCCGAGUUCGAACGUCCUGCAGUUUGACAUGCGGGGCGAAGGCACGAUGCCGUGCAUCACGAUUGAGAAGCCGACAACGCGCGACGGCAACGUGCUGAGCCUUGCGUUUGGCAAGCAGCGGGUCGGGAAAGGCCGGGAGCUGCCGCUCGUCCUUCGCAACGACGGCCUCGUGCCGUCGACGGUGCUCUUUUCGAUGCCCUCGAGCACCAAUUUCACCUUGCUCGAGGCCGCGGCGACGACGACCGGUCUCGUGUUGCCGCCCAAGAAGACGCACACCGUGUCCGUGCUCUUCAAGCCCAUGAAAGCCCAUGACGACAUGUGCAGCGUGCAGCUCAAGCUCAGCGUGCAGUACAAUCCAUUCGAAGACACGAUCGUCAAGCUCAGCGGCCAAGGCUACAAGGAGCUCGUGACCUUGGACGGGCUCCUCGACGAUGACCGUGUCGUCUUCAACGACGUCGACUUCAAGUGUGCGACGACAUCGACGGUGCGCUUUGGCCUCCGCAACCAGUCGUCGACGCACGUCGUGCGCUUUGGAUUUGGCGCGCACCCGCUGCUCCGGUUCGUGCCGGCGACCGGCCAUCUGUACCCCGGGGCCCACGCGAGCAUCCUCGCGACAUUUGCACCGCCGGCGGGCGGCGCGACGGUCCUCGACCAUGAAAAGAUCCCGAUCACGCUGCGUCGCAUCAAACCGGCGGUCGAGGCGCCGUGGGACGACACCAUGUCGACGCUGUCGUUUGUCGAGGCCGAUGCCACGUCCUCGAACGUCAUCGAGCCCGCUUUUGAGGUGCUGGACCCGCCGCUUCCGCCGCUCACGGCGCUCGUGUGUGCGGUGGCCGACACCUUGCGCUACAGCUGCGAGACGACCGAGAUCGCGUUCAAGAAGACCUUUAUGUUUCAAGCGUGCACGACCAAGUUUCGCGUUAAAAACGACAGCAAAGUGCGCCUGCCGAUCACGUGGACGUGGAGCCAAGAGUUUCUCGAGCUGCCCGACGUCACGUCGGCGUCGAUGGAUACGCCGUGUCCGUUUAGCAUCGAGCCCGACGCCGGCGAAAUAUGUGCCGACGACACGCAGGACUUUUUAGUGCGCUUCGCGCCCAUUGAAGUCGCCCAGUACGUCUACCGGCUCGAGGGGCACCUCAAGAACGGCGACGGCAUUCGCAUUCGCGUGUCUGGCGCGUCGCUUCGGCCCGUGUGCCACGUCGACGUCGAGCCAAGCGACUAUGCGCAGCGGCGGUCGCUGGCGAUGAUAGGGCCCGGCGGCGAGCUCGGGCCCUUGGACCCAAGUGUCCGCGUCGUCGAAAUGGAGUCGCUCGGCAUUCGCGUCCGCAACACGCGCCGCUUCUACGUCAUCAACCCGACCAACGUCUCGUAUGAGUUUGCGUGGGUGCCGGACGGACCGCAUGUGAACCCGGCGUUUCGCUGUGCGACGCCGAAAGGGCUCAUGCUCUCGGGGAAGCGCUGCGAGAUGGUCUUUGAGUUUACGCCAACCCAAAUGGAGCUCCAAGAGAUGUUUUGGCGCCUCAAGAUCGACCAGUUUGGCGUCGACCAACUCUUCCUCUUCGUGGGGACGACGACCGAGCCACGUGUGCUCUUUGACCGCGGCAGCGUCAACUUUGCCACGCUCCUCGUUGGGUCCAAAGCGUCGCAAACCAUCUACUUGACCAACCAAGAGCAUUUGCCCUUCAACUUUGCCUUUGAGAAAGUGCACUUUGGCGGCGAAAAGCCCGUGCUCGUUCUCACGCCGCUCUCGGGUGUCGUGCCGCCCCACGGCCGGACCGCGAUCGACGUCGAGUUUGCGCCUACGGAAGAAAAGCUCUACAACUUCAACCUUGGCUGCACCAUCAAGCGCAAGCCGUCGCGGCUCUCGCUCAACGUCAAGGGCGAAGGGUACGCGAUCCACGACCACGUGGUCGUCCACGACGACACGGCCGCCGGCCUGCUCCUCGACGCGAUCGAGCCGUCGUCGUCGACGUCCAUCGACUUUGGCACGGUCCGCGUGCAUGAAAAAGCCCGGCGCAGCAUCGUGCUCUCGAACGCCGGCAAGUUCAACUUUGAGUUUACGUUUGCGUGGUCGUCGGCCAAACAUCCGAUGCUGACGCUCGAGCCGAGCAACGGGACGGUCCGGAAGAACGACAAGGUGGUCUGCCACCUCACGUUUGCGCCCUCGAAGGAGACGUCGCUCGACGGCCAGCGCAUUAUUUGCACGACCGCCGGCUCGCGCGAGUAUGCGUUCCCGAUCCACGGCAACGCGGUGCCGCCCGCAGUCGACUUUUCGUUCACCGCGCACGACUUUGGUCCGUGCUUCAUCGCCGAGCCGGACGCGGCGCCAAUGGUCGAGACCAUGACCUUGCGCAUCACGAAUAUGGACCACGAAAUGGACAUUAGCGUCGACUGCAGCUAUGAGAAGCGGCCGUUCCUGCACGUCGCCGUCCAGCCCACCGUGCUCGGCCCCCACGAGACGCUCGACGUCCCGAUGGCGUUUACCGCGCGACACGAAGGCCCGUACGAAGAGGUGGUGCCAUUUACGAUCAACGGCAACACGACCAUCAACGUCGUCUUGCGUGGCGAAGGCAUUUUCCCGAAAAUUGAGCUCGCGAUGGCGGCGUCGGUGGUGCAUUUCGGGACGCUGCAGAUCGGACAGAGCGUGAGCCGCAUGCUCAAGCUCGUGAACCGCGCCAAGCGCAAGACGCCGCUCGCCCUUCUUGCGAGCCACAUGCACGACAUUGGCCUGAGCAUCUUUCCGCAAACCGGCAUUUGGAUCAAGCCGCGCGAGUCGCUCGAUGUCGAACUGCGCUUUGCACCGCCGCGGCGCGUCACGCCGUUCGAAGAAGAGCUCUUUGUGGACGUGUGCGGGACAAAGAAGAAACUCGUGACGCUGACGGGGGCGUGCCAGGGCAUGGACGUGCAGUUUGAGACGGAGAACCUCAGCUUUGGACCUGUCGUGCUCGGGUCGCAGCUCGUGCGGCGGCUCCUGCUGCAGAACCGAGGCGACCUCGUGGCCAAGUUUCAGUGGGACCUCAAGCGGCUCGGGCCCGACUUUAGCAUAGCGCCGAGCGAAGGUGUCGUGCUACCGAAUCAAGACAAGUCGUUUGAGAUUACGUUCCGGCCGCUCAAGAUCAACGACGAUAUUCGGCUCGAGAAGAUUUUGUGUGCGAUUGACGGCGGCGAUUUCCUCACCAUGACGCUGACAGGGUCGUGCGUUGGCCAGCUCGAGACGUCGAUCAAAGAGCUCGUGUUUGAGUCCCGCGUCCGGCGGGAAGUCGCAAAGGAAAUCUCGAUUGAAAACAAGACGGCCAGCCCGUGGAACUUGAUUCCAAUCGUGCAGGGCGAGCACUGGCGUUGCGCCGAGAACGUGGCGGUGCCCGCCAACGGCAAAGCCGCCGUCCAGCUCUACUACAUGCCGUUGAGCAUGACGCAAUUUGGCGAGGCAUCGAACGACCGCCCCAAGACGCACAAGGGCUCGCUCUUCCUCGCGAUUCCAGACGGGAGCGCGCUCUCGUACACCUUGGUGGGUACUGCAACCGAGCCGGACGCACUCGACACGCUCAGCUUCAAGACGCCGGCCAAAGCGUCGCUGGCGAUCAAAUUGCCCUUGGUCAAUUGGCUCAAAAAGAGAGCCCAAGCGUUUUACGUCACGAUUGACAACGUGACGCAGUGCGCGUCGACGUUCGUCCAGGGCGCCGACACGAUCACGGUGCCACCGAAUGCGACGCGCGAGUAUGGACUCAAGGCCUUCGCGUACCUCGAAGGCAUGAACGAGCUCAAGGUCACGUUCACCAACAAGGAGAGCGGCGAGUAUGUGUACUUCGACCUGCGCGUCGACGUCACGCCCCCGGGUAUCGUCGAGACGCUCUCGUUCCACGCGCCCGUGCGCCAGAGCAUCAAGAAGCUCAUUACGAUCGAGAACCCGUUCCCGCCAUCCCGCACGAUCACGUUCGACGACAAGAGCUUCUGGAGCUGCUCGUCACCGAGCGUCCGCGUCCGGCGCGUCGGCGAAAUGACGGGCCGGUCCGAAGGGUCGUUCGAGGUCGAGUAUCGGCCGCUACUGCACACGUCCGAGGCGAUCGAGGCAACGCUCACGCUGCGAAGCCCGCAGCUCGGCGAGUACCCGUACAAGCUGUCGCUGGCCACGUCCCCGGCGGGCAUUGAAAAGAUCUUGCACUUUACGGUGCCCCUGGGAGCGAGCCAGACGCAGGCGUUCCGCUUCACAACGUAUGGGUCCAAGCCCAUGGACUUCAAGUGCAGCGUGCAGCAACCCACGUUCUUCAACGUCGCGCCACAGCUCAAGACGGACGCGACGAAUUGGGACGGCAGUGAGCAGACGGUCGUCGUCAAGUUCGAGCCCGAGGCGCUCGGCGACAUUCGCGACACGCUGAUGGUGGCGUCGGACGCGGGUGGCGAGUACAAGUGCACGCUGCUCGGGCAGUCGGUCCCGCCCGUGCCCCAGGGCCCGUUUGUGUUUUCGACGACCCAAGACAUUGAGUUCAAGAACGUCUUUAACGCGCCGCGCGAGUUUGCCUUUGCAAUCGACGGCGCCGGCUUCACGGUGAACGCGGCGACGGUCACGAUCGCUGCCAAGUCGGCCAAGGUCGUCACGAUCAAGAACGUCGACACGAGCGCGCGCGCGGCGCCGGUGACCGGGAAGCUCCUCGUCACGUGUCCGAGCCUGCCCGAGCUGCCGCCAUGGGUCUUUUACCUCGAGGGCGAGAGCCGAGGAAGCUAG